UUCCUCCCGUCGUCCAAUCGCAUAGAUCCCGACGAUUGACGGACGAUACAUACACCGACACAUACAUACAGCCCCCCGCAGAUAUUUUCCGCUCCGUCGAUUUAUCCGAACUCGUGCCGUGUGAUUGUCUCGUCUUCCCGUUCCCGUGCGCGAGCUUCAGCUGCUUCCGUCGUCGUUCGUCCCCUUCAAUGGCGAUUUCACUCACUGCCGCCGCGGUUCCUUGCGUAAAGUCCGAGCAGUGUAUCAGCUCGUCGGCUUCCGCGAAGCUGUCUGCGCUAUCGUCGCUUCAGCUCCGGUUCCCUGCGAAUUCCGGGAAGAUUGGAAUCUCAACUCCGCGAAUUGCCGUCUCCUCCCGGGCUCGGAAUGCUACCGUCGUGGCCCAAGCAAAGAAACAAACAUAUUCCUCCCUGGACGAUUUGCUGGCCCAGGCGGACAAGCCAGUGCUAGUUGACUUUUAUGCCACAUGGUGUGGUCCUUGUCAGUUCAUGGUUCCUAUCCUCAAUGAAGUCAGUAUCGCACUCAAAGACAAGAUCCGAGUGGUGAAGAUUGACACUGAGAAGUACCCGAGCAUCGCCAGUCAAUAUGCAAUAGAAGCCUUGCCUACGUUCAUCUUGUUCAAGGAUGGGAAACCCUUUGAUCGCUUUGAGGGGGCUUUGACAGCAAAUCAAUUGAUUCAGCGGGUUGAAGAGUCGCUCAAAGUUAAACAAUAGUCCUCGUAAAACUUUGGAUUUGAAUCAUGUUGUCCUCCCAUCAACCUUGAUGAGGGAAUUCAUCCUAAGAACGUAUUGGUUAACAUUUUUCACUCUCUCUCGACUUCAGUUCGGGUGUGAUUAGGCGAAUUGGAUUAGCAGUAAUGCAAUAUAAGUUUCAAGACGUUGUCAUCUUCAGCAAGGUGAAUCUGCUUCUCGUUUUCCUACAUAUAUAUAUAUAUAAUGUAUAUUUUAUCCGUUGCUUGACAUAAAGGUGAAGAACUCUUCUUUGCUUCUAAAACAGAGCAUUAUCAGAUCGGCUCAUCUUUGUUGAUUUCAUCCGAAAGGAAUCAGAAUGAAUCUUUGAAUA